GUUUGCCUUCUCUCUACCCCCAGGUCAGCGGUGGGCUUGGGCGUCAUCUCUGUGCUGGGAGGCGUCUUUGCUGCCUAUCUGAUGGUGCUGGCGGUGCUCAGCCCCUGCCCUCCCCUGCUGGGCAAUGCCGCAGGAGUCGCCCUGGUGGUGCUGGCCUGGAUCCUGUUCAUCGGGCUCUUCUCCUACCUCAAGGUGGUGAUCGGCAGCCUGCUGCACGAGGCUGGCCACGCAGCACUGGUGUGGUGUGGAGCGGUCAUCCAGGCGGGCUCCCUGGUGGGCGCGCUGGCCAUGUUCCCCAUCGUCAGCAUCUAUCACCUCUUCCAGAGCGGGCAGGACUGUACCGACAACUGUGGGGCAUGAGUGGGGGGCAGGCCACAGCAGCCGCAUGGGGAGCUCUGCCCGGCUGGAGCUGUCACCAGCUGACUCCGCCGUAGGGACGUAAGAAUUGCUGUAGAGGGUCAGAGCGCUGGGCAUCUCGUCCCGCGGCUCCUGGCCAGUAGCUGAUGCUUCAGAGGAGAAGCCCGUGGUGCCCCUGGCCAGCUGGGAGCCUCUGCUCUCCCCUGCUGCUCGGAGCAGGGCCCUGGGCCGGUCACACUACCGUACAGACCAGGCGCUAGGCGGCCUGCCCAGCCCUGCUGCAUGGGGAGAGGGGGAGCAGCCCUGCCUUGCGGCCUGGUUCCCAGGGGCUGGCAGCUGCUGCACUCGCUGCUUCUCCGGCGGGUUUUAGGAUGCACUGGGCUGGGGCUGGGGUGGGGGCACUUUGCUGGCACUGCUGCCAGAGCUGAGGGCCCCUAUGGCGCAGGACCAGACUCCGCGGGGUCCUCCCCCCCGCAGGGCUCCCACUGCAAUGGCCGCUGACUGGAUGGAGCCGCUGUGCGCCCUUCUCCAGCGCCGUUCCACUCGCUGCGCGGCCUCCCCCAGCCGUCCCAGCGCCCGCCCAGUGCUCUCAGUACACGUUAACCCUGAGCUGCCCCGUCCUGGGCGUCCCUACCCCCGCCCCGCCCCCAGCGCUCCGCUCACGGACCGAGCUCGCCAAGCACGGCACACCUGGCACCUGGGCAGGCGCUGAGCCUGGGGAUCUGGCAGGUUAACCAGCCUGCCUGCCUGGGGCUGCCCUGUGCUGUGCUACCCCCGGGGCACCCUGCCCCCUGCUCACUGAAGAGCCAACACUUAGCAGGGGGAUCCCCGGGAGCCCAAGGAGGGGUUGGUCUCUGAUCCCAGCCAGUGCAGCCUGCUCCCCCCAGAGCUGGGGUCUGUGCCCCGCCUUCAGGAGGGUGUUCCCUGGCCACCUCCUGCAGGGGGAGGGCGGGUCCCUGAUGCCCAGCCGGCCCCAUGUUUCACUCCCAGCAGCCUCUCAGCCCAGGGAGUUUAUCUUGGCAGGACAAGGGGCAAACAGCUGCCUGACCCUCUGCGGGUCUGCAUGGCUCCUGCCCCCCAAAAACAGGGGGGCUGGGGGGCCCAGGCUGGGGCAAUCGGGGGACGGGGGUUCCUCACUGCAUGGGGGUGGGGGGCACUCUGCUCCCUGAGCAGCCUGGGACCAAAGCCAGCAGGGAGCCCCCAGCCUUGGGGGGUGUCCUAAGCCAGGCCCAUAGUGGCAGGUCUGGUGCAGGGUGGCACAUAUAGCCUGGCUAUUGGCCGUGUCACCUCUGCGGGCCCUGUUGCCUGCCCGGGGGCUCAUGCUGCUGCGUCUCACUGGCUCCCGCCGGGCUCCACGUGGCUUGGCGGGCGGGCGGCGAUAUGUCUCCGCAGCAGUAGAAAGAUGGUGAUUUUGUGUAGACGCUGACUCCCCUCCCCCAUGGGCCAAGGAGGGGUGCAGCAGGAAUAAAUCUCCUUAUCCCAAUCA